GUUCACUUUGUGGUAGGUGUUACGUAAUUAAAUUUAUUAUAAGUAUCCCAAUGACCCUUCCAUUUUAAAAAUCUUUAAAUAAAUUAAUUAAUAGCCAAGUAAAAAAGUUAAUACUAGUUUGUAAGAUUUGGUGUAGAAUCAAAAAAACAAAAAGAUGUUGGCAAUUUUCCACAAAGCUUUUGCUCAUCCACCUGAAGAGCUUAAUAGUCCUGCAUCUUACAAAGGUUCUAAGAAACCUAAGCUUCCUGAAGAAACUCUUAGAGAUUUCCUCUCUCAUCAUCCUCAAAAUACUUCUUAUAUGAGUUUUGGUCAAGCUGCUGUUCUUGCUUAUGUUAGACCUGAUAACCCUUUUUCUGUUCAUCAAAGGUUGUUCUGUGGGCUUGAUGACAUAUAUUGUUUAUUUUUGGGGAGUUUGAACAAUUUGUCAUUACUGAUAAAGCAAUAUGGUUUAUCAAAGGGUACUAAUGAAGCCAUGUUUGUGAUUGAAGCAUAUAAGACACUUCGUGAUCGUGGUCCAUACCCAGCAGAUCAAGUUGUUAAGGAUCUUGAUGGUAGUUUUGCCUUUGUUGUCUAUGAUAGCAAAAUUGGUACUGUCUUUGCUGCACUGGGUUCUGAUGGUGGAGUGAAGUUGUAUUGGGGUAUUGCAGCUGAUGGAUCUGUGGUGAUCUCUGAUGAUCUUGAAGUUAUAAAAGAGGGUUGUGCCAAAUCCUUUGCUCCUUUUCCAGCAGGGUGUAUGUUUCAUAGUGAAGGAGGUUUAGUGAGCUUUGAGCAUCCAAUGAACAAGUUGAAGGCAAUGCCAAGGAUAGACAGUGAAGGAAUCAUGUGUGGGGCCAACUUCAAGGUUGAUAAGUUCUCUAGAGUCAACAGUAUUCCUAGAGUUGGUAGUCAAUCCAAUUGGAUGGAAUGGGACCAACACUAGCUUAAAUUGUAAAUUCAAAAUAAAAAACUUUAUGGUUCAUGUAAAAUAAAAAUCUCAUCAAUAUGCUCCUUUCCUAGUCUUACCCUCCACCUCCUUGCCUCACCCUUCUAAGUUUGUCUUGUUUAUGCUUUCUUUGUGUAGUUUUUUUUCCUGUUUCCUUAUGAGCAACAUGGUAUAUAUUGAAGUGUUUUUGCCUACAUAGUGUUAUGUUUAAUUAUUGACCAUUUACUAA